AUGGGAGACCGUCGGUCUCCUUUAGAACCGGGCUUAUCGUACCAGGCAAAGUUAAGGAGCGACCUCGGGGUAUCCGAAGAGGAUGAGGAGCUCGAGGGUUUCAGGCACGAGGCGGCAGUCCUGCGUGACAAGCUAUGGGAGGCUCUCAGUAAUACAUCUGGUAACAAAAGGCAGUCCAGUUCUUUGAUCGACCUCACCUCGGACAGUACCUGGGAUCAGCAAAAGCCUCACUUGUUUCCUAAAUCCCGCUUGAGGCCAAAAAGCGCUUCAUCUCCCUGGAUUCCUUCCAUCACCAUCCCUCAGCCCUUUGAAAUGACACUGCGGGAAGCUCGCAAGAAGUCCCAGUUGAUGAAAUCAUACAUGUUUCUUGAACUAGACAAACACAGAGACAAAAGGCAAAGCCAGGACGAAGCUGAAUGUCAGAAACAAUUCCGGGCCCAGCCUGUACCUGCCCACGUGUUUCUGCCCCUUUAUCAGGAAAUAAUGGAGCAGAAUGAGAUUCGCAGGCAAAUAGCAACACAGAAAAGAAAAGAGCUGCUACUUUCAACCCAGCGGCCCUUCAGUUUCCUGGAGAAGGAGGAGAAAAAGAAAGAAGCUAUCAGACAAAAGUUCCUGGCAGCAGCAACCCCAAAUGAGAGCUCCAAACAGAAGCAAGCCAGUAGAAAAGUUCCUAAAUCUGUUUAUGACCCACUUGGAGAAAGACUCAAAGAAGCUGAACUCUACAGAGAAAUCCGCAUUCAAAUGAGAGCCAAGGAUUUGCUUGAGAGCUCCGUAGCUCUUAUAGAUAAUAGCAACUGUCGGAGGGAGCCUCAGUCCCGAGCUGCCACUAAAACUAAGCAGGAGAGACUUGGCUUCUUGCAGGACAAAAGUUUCAGCUUCAAGCCAAGGAUUAAUCCAACAAUACCGGAUUUUGAAGGACUUUACUGGGCAUUUCAGAGGGAAGCAGUAAGGAGACAAGAAAUCAAAGAGGCAACUCGUAAUAAGCCAUUCAAGCUAAGAACCUCCAAUCUCCAUGGCAGGCAGAGGCAGGCUAAUGAAAAGAUAAAGGAUUCUCAGCAACUUUCCAAGGUUUCAGUGCAAAAAAGUCAUCCUCUGACUGGACUUUACUCUCUCUCUUCCAACACCCUUCCAGUGCGUAUUACAGAUGCAACUAGAAAAAGGGAAUCUGCUAUUAGAUACUCCCAAAAUAACAAAAAGGAAGGGGACAAAGAAGGAAUUUAUUGGCUGGAGAAACAGAAAAAGAAAUGUCAAGCUAUCCAAAAGUCAGUGAACAGCCGAGCAAAAGCCCUGGAUCCGCAUAAAAGUCUGGAGGAAACACACAAGGAGAAGUCGAAACAGAACUGGCAAAAUAUGAGAGAGAGAACAAAGGAAUACAGAAAGGAGCUGGAAGAAAUGCAGCUGCGAGUCAAGAACAGACCAUACCUCUUUGAACAGGUCACCAAGCAUGAUGCUCGUCAAGGGGCAGAGCGUCGCUACAGACACACCCUCCAGCAGGUUGGGCUAAGCGAAGAGUUUGUAAGAAAAAAAGGGAAAGAUGCCACUGACUUGCUGGAAGAAGAAUCUGACGUUCACAGAAUGCCCAAGCCUCUCGGUGAAAAGGACAUCUGUACUGUACAGGAAGGAGAACCUCAAGAGGAACAAAGCAGAAAGGAAAUGGCAACAUGAGAUCUAGCAGAAGAAUCCAUCUAUCAUCUCUUGAUUUUUUUUAAUUCAAGAUUCUCCAGGUUAAACCUCGGUAACUUUCUGAUUUAGGCUGACACCUAAGAAUAGCUCUGGGGUAA